GUGCCCAAUUUGGAAAAAAUCUAUUCACCCAGUCCGUAGUUUUUACUGGCUGGGUAUCAGUGUGCAGGACUCUCUGUGUUAAAAUGUUACCAUUGUCAGUCAAGGAUGAUGAAUACAAGCCUACGAAAUUCAACCUACUUGCCAAGAUAUCUGGAUGGUUUAGAUCCAUUCUGUCGGACAAAACAUCAAGAAACCUAUUCUUUUUCCUGUGCCUGAACCUGUCCUUCGCCUUUGUUGAGCUGUUGUACGGCAUAUGGAGCAACAGUUUAGGGUUGAUAUCGGAUUCCUUUCACAUGUUCUUUGACUGCACGGCCCUCCUGGCCGGGCUCGCCGCCUCUGUGAUAUCCAGGUGGCGUUCUAACGACGCCUUCUCAUACGGGUACGUGAGAGCGGAGGUGCUGGCUGGGUUUGUCAACGGCCUCUUCCUCAUCUUCACAGCCUUCUUCAUCUUUUCAGAGGGAGUCGAGAGGGCGCUGGAGCCUCCAGAUGUUCACCACGAGCGUCUGCUGCCGGUGUCCGUCGCUGGGCUGCUGGUCAACCUGGUGGGCAUCUUUGUGUUCCAGCACGGAGGCCAUGGCCACUCUCACGGCGGGGACGAAGGGCACGGUCACAGCCACUCUCUGUUCAACGGCAGUGUGAGUCAUGGACACAGUCAUGCAGGCCAUGGUGGUCACGGUCACAGCCAUGGGGCAAAACACGGUCACGACCACGGGCACGACCACGGGCACGACCAAGGUCACGGACACAGUCAUGAACACGACCACGGUCACGGUCACGGACACGACCACGGUCAUGGCGGUCAUGGGCACUCUCACGAUGACCCACACUGUCACGAUGAGUUCCAUACACCAGGAAAAGGCUCAAGCCGACAGAUAUUGGAAGGAGUGUUCCUGCACAUCGUAGCCGACACGUUGGGUAGUAUCGGCGUCAUCAUCUCCGCUCUCCUGAUGCAGAAGUACGACCUGAUGAUCGCAGACCCCAUCUGCUCCAUGCUCAUCUCCAUCCUGAUCGGCGUCAGUGUGGUUCCUCUCCUGAGGGAGUCCAUCGGUAUUCUGAUGCAGAGGACUCCUCCCUCACUGGACCAGGCCUUGCCAGAGUGCUACCAGAGGGUACAGCAGCUGCAGGGUGUGUAUAACCUGCAGGAGCCCCACUUCUGGACGCUGUGCACGGACGUCUAUAUCGGAACGCUCAAACUGCUGGUCGCCCCGGAUGCCGACUCUCGCUGGAUCCUAAGCCAAACGCACAACAUUUUCACACAGGUCGGGGUCCGGCAGCUCUACGUUCAGAUAGACGUUGCGGCGAUGUAGUGUUUGGAUUCCUCUCUCUGGGCAUCCUGGGACCAAAGCCUUCUGUGCUGCUGUGGGGAGCGUCCGCACCCCAAACUGCUCUCCCUCCCAAACCUGGGACCAAGAUGGAAGCAGCUACUCAACUCUCAUAAGGAAAUAAAACUGAAACUAGAAAAGGAAAGGAACUUGCCAAUAAUGUGACGUUUAUGGAAAUCAAGGUGAACGUUUUCACCAGUUGCCAAAACUGCUCCUCCCCAUGGACUACCAUGGAUAUCUUUUGUCAUCUUUUUUAUUUUUAUAAAUAUGUGGAUGCUUUUAAUCGAUUGUUUUCCCCUCCCUGCCGUGAAGGGUUUAAUGUAAUUCCCUGGAGUCAUUGUGAACACAAUGAGCACACCGGGCAGUUAUUAAAAUCUUCAAACGGUACACAAAACCCAUCAGCUCCAUCUCGUCCGUUUUAUAUGUCAACCUGAUGCCAUCAUGCAAAACCAUAAUGGAGUAAAUUCUAAUUGGCUGUUUUACUGCACUUUGUGGACUUCUUGAGCCAAACAGUAUUUCUUGGUUUCCAAAGUGCCUUUUAAUUAAAUCAUGGACAAUCUCUGAUUUACCUGUGUGCGUGUGUGCACCUGUAGAUGUUGAGAGCUGGACUGAAGCCCUCUUAGAGGCUCGUAUGAAUUACCCAGAAGACUGAAGCCCUUCAGGCCCGUGUUUUGGCAUUCCAACGUGAGGUUUCUUCUAAAACCCCAAAACAUGAGGGUGUUUUUCCAGAUGUAUGGAUUGUGUGAAAUCCACUUGACCAUUCGAAAACUCCAAGUUUCCCUGGGCUGCACACCAGCGUGAUUGAGCCUCAUAAAUGAUAAACGUCUGUUUUUUUUGCCCGUGCAAAAGGGAAGAUGGCAAAAACAGAUGCGAAAGUGAAGUAGUUCAUGAUUUCAUUUCCCCGUUUCGUCUUAAUUUUAUUUAACAAGCGAACUUCGCAAUUGGCCAGUUGUAUUUUUUGCAAUGUAAUAAAGCAUUAUCUGCACUUUCAA